CAUUUCAUCAAUCGUUCCUGUUGUACUUAGCCUUUCCUUUAAAACUAAAUACAAAUAUUUCAUGAUACUAAAGAGCUUGCUUAUCUAGUCCUCAUUGAUAUUUAUAUAACACAAGACUAACACAAAUAGAAGAAAACUAAUUGGAUUUAAGUAAAAAAGGAUUCUCAAAACAUGGGUAGCAGAACACAGAUCUGGCUUUUGCUGUGUAUAUACAGUGUGCAAGAUACCCACGGGAAUGGAUAUGGAAAUCAAACACAUUUUGGGAGAUCAGGAAAUUACACACUGAACAAGGGUCUAAUGAUAGGAUCCCUGUUACAAGCACAAACGAUUGACGGCAGACCUCUGGCAGUGGGUCAAUGUGCAGUCAAGGACCAGUGUGACUGUGUUCUAGACACAUACAUUCAACGCCCAAGGAUUGAUUGUAGAUACAAGAGUUUACAAGGUAUACCUAAAUUCAUACUAGUAUCUACAGUGUAUGCUGACAUUGACUUCAGUGCAUCCAACCAUAUCCGACAAUUGCAAAAUAACAGUUUUGCCAAUUUGAAAGUUGAACGCAUUAAUCUUCUCAACAACGAAAUGAACUAUAUUGGAGAGACAGCUUUUGAUGGCCUUGAAGCCUAUUUGAAGGAGCUAUUCAUGGAAGGAAAUUCCAAGAUCCUAAUUCCUUACAGGAGUCUGACAAAACUUUCCAACCUGACGCGUCUCACUUUGACUGGUUUCCAGCAGUUAAACCCUGUUGAGAACCAAGUGUUUGAUCGGUUCCCAAACCUAAUAGCACUGACUAUGAUGAACAUCGACAAACUGAGCCUGGAAGAAACAACAUUCAAAGGCAAAGUUCCACAGCUACAGUAUCUGGAGUUGAAGAAUGUUUACAUACGACAGAUUCCUGUGUUAACACUGCGCCACACUACCAGUCUGAAGGUUCUCAAAAUCAUUGAAAAUACUAUACAGGCUGUAUACAAUCAUUCCUUCCAGAACUUGAUCAACUUGCAAACUCUUGAUCUGUCACAUGAUCAGAUUGCAAGCUUGGAAGAGCAGAGCUUUUAUGUUGUGUCUAAGACCCUAAAGACUCUUGACCUGGACUCCAACCAUCUGCAAGUCGCCUCCCUCAAGGCUCUGUCAAGUCAGCAAUGGCCAAACCUGGAUGAUCUACAGAUGUCUUACAAUGCAGAUCUCAAAUCCAUUCCAGACAACACCUUCAAAAACAUGCCUAAACUGAAAUCCCUUAGUCUAGUGGGACUAGGUAUCCAGACUGUCACAAGCAAUUUGUUAUAUGGACUCAAUAACCUGAAAAUGCUUGAUCUCAGUAGUAAUAACAUUCAAAAAAUUGAUAAUGGAGCCUUUCAGAGAGUUGAUGAGUACUUUGAACUUAAACUGGAAGGUCAAGGCGCAGUAUCACAGACUACGAUUCCUCUAGUGUUGAAACCUGAAGCUUUCCAAGGACUGGAAACCAAGCUGUACACUUUAAAUCUUGAAAACACGAAGCUGGAUGAAAACCAAUUCUGGUCGACCAUCAAGCACUUGAGAGGAUUGGAAAAUCUUCUUUUACGUAAGACAGGUCUGAAGACCAUUCCUCCAUAUGCUUUCCAAAACAACAAAAAACUCAGUCAUCUGAAGCUUGAAGAGAAUGAAAUUAAUCAACUAGAUAAGUUAUCAUUUAAGGGACUAGAAGAAUCACUGAGAAAAAUAUACCUACUAACAAAUAACAUCAAAACCAUCAGUGAAUGUGUCUUCAUGAAUUUCACACAGCUGUCUGAAAUAUAUUUAUUUGAAAACCCCCUUCAGUGUGACUGCAAAUUAAAAUGGUUGCGCAAAUUUGCAAUAGAAUCAUCAAAUCCUGAUAGCAUCUUUAAGGAAGAAAUAAAAUGUGCCAGUCCACCGAGCCUAGUCAACAGGAAGCUUUAUGAGAUUCCUGAGGUAGAUCUUGUCUGUAUUGACCCAGUUGACGAUGAAUGUGCCAGUGCCACCACAUUAAUGACAACAGUCACAACAAAAGCUACAAGCAAUCCAACAUCUCAGCCUGCAAAUGCACUGAAACUUUCUGUUGGAGCUGCCACAACCAAUUCCAUAACUGUAUUCUGGAGCCUCAAAAACAUGCAAGGAAUAACUGGAUAUAAAUUGUGGUAUUUCAUUCCUUCAGACAAGCAAACACAAAUGUCGUUAAACAUUCAUCGUGACGUGACGGUGUACCAGAUAACGAAGCUGCGCUCUGGUACUUUCUACAUGAUUUGUGUCAUGGCUGAGGUCAAUCUCAAUGAAAACAGUGACCUGCAAGCCUGCCACACCUCCCAGACUGACAACGAUCCACUUGGACCAGACCCGUACAAUGAGGAACAAAUAGCCAAGAACAGGCAAUACAUGAUCGCUGGAAUCAUAUGUGCAAUCGUAGUGCUUGUUCUCAUAACUGCUGGAAUAUGUGCAGUUAUGAAGUACCGGUACAAGGCAAGGCGACUGAAUGACCUGCUCACCAUUGCUACCCCUGGUCAAAUGAGAAGCCCUGCUUAUUCCCAGGAAAACAUUCUUGCCAAUGCCCUGCCCAGCGACUACAGCGAGAUCAGUGCAGGAAGCCUGGCCAAGUACCUGGCUGAGGGAAGAAGUCCAAGGAAUCUGCGACAGGGACUUUUUGUCUUCAACGCGGAUGAAAAUCUUUAUAAUACCAUGAACUCAAUAAAUUCCCGUCACCUCCAGAAGCGUAAAAAUCCUUAUGAAAAUGAUGAUGAAGAAGAGGACAUUGAGAAAGUUAAACACGAGCCAGCUGUUGAAAUGAAAGAUGAGAGUGUUAACUACAGGAAGGAAGAAAGGAGUCCAAUUCCGUCUGAAAGGCACUCGGCUCCGUCAAGGCUGAAUGCUACAGACUUACUGAUGACUGACUGCACCUUGCGGCCAUUACCAGCAACACCAAGCAAGCCCAAAGAACAGACUACCAAUCAAAGGCGCAGCAACACCAUGCAAACAAAGGUCAAGACAAAGAAAGCUCGAGAAUCUGAGGACAAAACAUAAAUCAU